AUGGAGGAAGAUUUGAAGAAGCAAGGCGAGGCCAUUGAAGACAAUAGGAGAGCGAUACACUUUACCAAAGUUUCUACCAAGGAGAUGGACAAUCACUUAGAUGAGAAGAUCUCAAGUCUUGAUAACAACCUCGAUGGCACCACCAAGAGUCUCAAUUCAAUAACAGCAGUAGCUCAUCAAGCUAAGAGGGAGGUAGCCGAAGUACCUAAAGGAGAGGCAAUGUUACUCGACGAUGCUUACAUUGGUGGAAGGGCAAAAACAAGAAGUCAAGGAUUUAACCACUCGCUUAGCCAACUUGGAAGAGAAGGUCUUGACCGAGCAAAGACGACCGUUCCUAAGCAAAACUAUGCCGCGCCCGUCUUUACUAUAAGAGAGACCGACCCAAGAGUGAUUUGGGAUGAAGAAGAGAGUAGAGCUGAUCAAGAAAGAGCCACAAGGCUAACCACUGGAACAAGAGAGAAGAUAGCACCAAAAGGAAGAACCCUUACUCAAAGGUCUUCACAACCGCCUCCCACCAAGGAGAAGAGGAAGACAAGAUCAUCACUUGAAGAGAUCAUAGAUGAUUUCAACUUUAUGGCGAGGAGAUUCCCUUAUGGUGUGCCGUUUGAUAAUGCUUGCAACAAGAGUCCAUUCAUGCAAGACCUAGCUUGGACACAAGAUUGGAGUCUAGCUGAAUUGGAAAAGAUGUACGAGGAAGCAAGAAAGGGGAUGCCUAAACCUAGGUUUCUACACAAGCUUCAUGACCCAGGUUACUUCCUUAUACAUUUCUCUAUCAAUGGAAGCUACUUUGAUGAUGCUCUUUGCGAUUCCGGUUCUAGUGUGAACCUUAUGCCGGCCGAGAUAGCCAAGAAGUUGGGAUUGAUCAAUUCAAUUGUGAAAUCUCGAAUGGAUUUAAAGCUAGCUGAUUCAUCAUUGACCGAACCACUUGGAGAGGUUAAAGACAUUCAGCUUGAUUUUGGAGGCUGCAUAGUUCCAGCCAACUUCUAUGUAGUAACCAUGAAGGAUCCGGAGGACUUAAAGCUUUUGCUUGGAAGAUCAUUCCUAGCCACAGCUGGAGCGAUCAUGGAUUGGCCUAAUAGAAGAAUCUCUCUAGCCAAUGUUGACAAGGACACCUUCUACGAUGCUGCACCUCCCGGUUUCUCAUCCAAGCGAUUUCGCUACACAAGUGGAGGAGAGUGCUCACAAGUAAGAGGAGAGUCGCAUGGCUACUUGAUCAAGGAAGUUCUACAGGACAAGAUGCACUUGGAAUCAUCAGGCAACAGGAAGUUCUUGGAGCCACCAAUCCUACCUAACUAA